AUGGAUUUAGAGAAACCAGCCGCUGCCUACAAUCCAAACAAACCCCCGGUGCAGUCGUCGUUGACAAGGCUCCUCAACGAGUCUGGAAGCAACCAGGCUCUGCCGAUCCCCUCCAAGAGCAACUCGCAUGUUUCGCUCAAGCAAGUGUCGCAGGAUACAAACUCCCUGGAGACGACGGACCAGCAGAAGGACCAUCAACUACCCAAAGUGCUGGUGAUUCAUCCGGAAGAUCAGUCACCCCGGAAUGUUGCCCAAGCCGGCCAAGGCAUUGGUGUCUCUCCAACUAAUAUCAAGCUGACUGGUACAGGUGCCGGCGGCAAUCCAGUCCCAACAGCUAUUAACACUGGAGCUUCCGCCACUCCUGUCGUUGGUGGAUUCGAAGUGGCCUCUAAUUCGCCUAAGACUGCAAACCGUCCUGUCUUUACUCACUCAUAUUCUUCGUCAUCGGCCCCCCGAUCUCCCAGAGUCACCAGAAAUGGGUCAAUAAGUCAUUCCUCCUUCUACGGGCAAGAAAGUUUGUCUUCAUCCAUUCCAUAUAGUGCUCCAGGUGGUAGAUCCACUAGCAACUUGUCAAGCUCGUUGACCGCAAACAACAACACCAUUAAUAAUAGUUCCAAUGCUAGCAACGGGGGCUCUACUGCCACCCUUACGGAAUCUAAAUCUAACGACUACACUCCCAACUUACCUAACGGACAACCAAUCUCAUCCAUCCACAUCCAGUCGCCUCAGGUUCAUUCCUCAGCAAUCGACUCUAGAUUUGUCAUCUCUAAGCAAAGGGUGGCCCAAGCGCAGGCACAAGCUCAAGCCAACGCCCUGUAUGGAUCAGCACAAAGAUCUGGCUCUCAGUCGGGCCUCUCAUUUUUCUUUUCUUCGAAGAACAAGAACUCCAUCAAAAGAGAUUCAUCCAGCUCUACCGAUUUAGGUUCAUUUUAUAAUAAUUCGUACCAAGACAACAACGUCAAUAAUAGCAUCAACAAUAACAAUGAUAUAAAUGUGCAUUACAACAACGCUGGAGGUUCAGUCAUUGCCAGCUCACCAUCAUCCAUUUCUUCCAGUGAUUCUAACUACUCAUCGCAGUUUAGUGCUCCAUCGAGACAUAACUCUAUGGCAAACUUGAAGAGAUUCUUUAAGAAGAAUCCGACCUCUCUGCAACCGGUUACGACUUCCAAUUUAUCAUCUUCACUUCGUUCAACUAACGGUACCGCUGGUGGUGCAGGAUCUAACCCUGGCGCAGUUCCUAUUAGUGGAGCCUCAACCCCAACUCCUACAAACUUCCAAUCAAGCUCAUUCGGGCCUGGUAGUGGCUCUCUUACUGCAAGUUCAUCAUACGCUUCUUAUUCGCAGUCGCCAAGCACCAAUGGAUUCACCGUUGGCUCUUCAUCAAUUUCCAGAUCUUCAUCUGUAUUGCAAAAUAAAAUGAAUUAUCAGCAAGACAGAAGAGGAUCUGUCUCAACUUUGAUUAGUACGCAGCAAUUGCCAUUUUCAAAGAGGUACUCUAAAUUUGGUGAAAACUUGGGAGCAGGAGCUGGAGGUGCUGUCAAGUUGGUAACAAGAUUAUCAGACAAGAGGGUGUUUGCUGUGAAGGAAUUUAGAACCAAGUAUCAAAAUGAAACUAAAAGGGACUAUGCUAAGAAGAUCACUGGGGAAUACUGUAUUGGAUCUACUUUAAAGCAUCCCAAUAUUAUCGAGACAGUGGAAAUCUGUUAUGAAAAUGAGAGAAUUUUGCAAGUGAUGGAAUAUUGUGACUUUGACUUAUUCGCUAUCGUUAUGUCCAACAACAUGUCUAGAGAAGAAAUCAACUGUUGUUUUAAACAAGUCUUAUCAGGAAUCAGCUACUUACAUUCUAUGGGAUUGGCUCAUAGAGAUUUGAAGCUCGAUAACUGUGUUAUCGAUUCAAGAGGAAUAGUGAAGAUUAUUGAUUUUGGCUCAGCUGUUGUAUUCUCGUAUCCUUUCACCAAGACCUUGAUUGAAGCACAAGGAAUCGUGGGAUCUGAUCCAUACUUGGCUCCAGAAGUGUGUGUUUUCAAUAAAUAUGAUCCUAGACCGGUCGAUGUAUGGUCUGCAGCAAUAAUAUACUGCUGUAUGAUGCUCAAGAAAUUCCCAUGGAAGGUGCCAAAGUUGUCCGAUAAUAGUUUCAAAUUAUUUGCGUCAGGUAGAAGCGAAAUAUUACCAAUCAGCGAGGUGUUGAAAAGAACACCAGAUCAGGCAGCUCCAGCUAUGUUGAGUGCCGACGUGAAUAAUUUAAAGUUGGACGAUAUAAGCGAAACCGAACAAACGAACUCAACAAGUACUCCACCCAAAACCGUCGGCAACUCACCAACUAAUUCUACGACCGAAGUCAACGGCAAGGCGCAUACCUCUACAGAAACAGGUCCUGGUAGACUCUUAUUGGCAUUACCUGAAGAUUGUAGACCAUUGAUUGGGAAAAUGGUAGAAUUAGCGCCAGCUUGUCGUAUUACCAUUGAGGAAUGCAUGACCGAUGACUGGUUGCAAUCGGUUCACAUGUGUACUGUGGAAGAGAGAUUACUGGCUGAUGGUGCCCUUAAUUAUGAAGUACUUGCUGGUGGAGACCAUAUUCACACUCAAGUGGACCAGUCCAAGGCCCACAUCGCUGCAUUUGAUAAGAAUAAGAAGAAGUAG